AUGGACACCCGAACAGAGGAGGAGUUACAAGCUUCACAAACUCCCAACCCAGAAAAGUAUUACCAUUCGGGGCUAGGUUUGCACCUGAGCUUCCCUGUUGGAGCUAUCGAGCGUGCCAGGUCCGUUGAAUUUCCCCAGUUUACUGGACACCUUCCGCCAGGUCGCCAAACCCCCGAAGAGGGACCCUGUUCUGCAUCUCCUAGUUUGUUAAUUUGUCCCACCACAAUUUCCCAAAUAGGGAAAAGGCUAAAGAAGAGGGCACACCAAAGGGCGCAAAGAUUAGCAAGAUGGAAGAGACAAGGGGAGGAGAGUUCGAGAGAGGUAUCCAUUUCAGCCCCUUUGAAAGGAAGUGGGAGGAAGGUGAAAUAUUAUGCAACUUGGAAUAA